CCAUACAUGUCCCUACUAUAAACACAAACAGACCCCGAAGGAGCCAUCUUCAGGUAUAAAUACGAGGCAUUGGCCUGCUGUAUUUCCCUCAUCAUCAACCAGAACACAGCAGCCUUCGACCACCCAUCCACUCCUUAUUCUCAUACUAACCUAUCUACAGGAAACCAAAACCCGCCAAAAUGCGCUUCACCUACCAAGCUCUCGCUGUCUUCAUCAGCUCCCUCCUGGUCAACAGCGCCGCCGCCCACGCUUGCGAGAGCAGCGCUGUCUGGCCCGACCCCGCCAACUGCCACAAGUUCUACCAGUGCAACCCUGGCACUGAGCCCGCCCACAAGGAGUGUGGUGCUGGCACUGCCUUCAACCCCAAGAUCAGCACAUGCGACUACGAGCAGAACGUUCCUUCUUGCUUCAAGGACCCCCACCACCCUCGUCCUUUCCACGCCUAGAUGGCGAACCUUACUUUUCCGACCAAAGUCACUCCUUUAACCGAUAUGUUUUGAGUAUAGGUGUAAAGGCUUAUACUGGGGACAUUUAAUUUCUAAUGUAUCUCUAAUUGGGGGGUUCUACUAUGCAAUACUUUGAAAAAGUAGAUAAAUUUGUUGUCAGAUCUGUUUAUCUUGUAUCAUCUAUUGAAUGUACUAUGGUCAUCCAAAUACUGCUGCAUAAUGUGUC